UGAGAAGGAGCAGGGAGACAGAGAGCAGCUCUUUUUCUCCGGAGGACUGCUCUCCCGUCACCAUGAAGGCGACCUUCUCAAAUGCUGUCCUUGUUCUAGCCAUCUUCGUGUGGUCUGCUUUUGCAGUCGACUUCCUUCUUCCUAUGACCUCCACAGGGAAGCUCCUAGAAGAGACAAAGGUUGAGUGCAUGAGGAAUAUAAAGAACUGCUGGCUGCUUACCUAUUUCAAGCCCAGCGAGCCAAUAUGUGGCAGUGACCAAGCUACCUACAGUGGUGAGUGCCAUCUCUGCUCCCAGAUACUAUAUAAAGGGUUUACCAUAACUAAACUUCAUGAUGGACCAUGUGAAACUGUCUCAACUGACCAGAAAGAAUCUUAAGACUUAUUGAAACCCCAGGAAGCCAAGAGAAGCACAAUGGUUGACUCUUCAGGAAUAUCCCCUUUAGAAAAAAAUUCUUGCCAGGCAUGGUGGCACAUGCCUUUAAUCCCUGCACUCCAGAGGCAGAGGUACGGGGAUCGCCAUGAGUUCGAGGCCACCCUGAGA